AUGGAUUCCGGUACUUUCCUCUCCAAACGAGGCAAGCAGUAUGCGCUGCCGGCGAACAAGAAUAAGCUCUUAGGUAUCCUGGGGGAUGUCUGGCACCCAGUCAACAAUCCUACGGGCUACUUCAACAUGGGAGUUGCUGAGAACACCUUGAUGCAGAAGGAGCUGCUGGAAUACAUUACUGCAAAGCUGACAGUUGAUGGCGCCAUCUUCGGAUAUGGCGACAGCUUCUCUAGAAGUCAUCGACUGAAGGAUGUCCUGGCGGCAUUUUUGACUCAGCAUUUCAGAGCUGUGCGUCCAAUCCAGGCUGCUGACCUCGCCAUCACGUCCGGCGUGAGUGCCGCCAUCGAAGCCUGCGCCUUUACUUUGGGUGACGUCGAUGAUGGCGUAUUAUUGGCACAGCCGUUUUACAAGGCUUUCCCAUACAAUCUGUCGAACAGAGCAGGAUUGCGGCCUGUUUUCGUCUCCUUCUUAGGGGAGGAUCCAAUUGGCCCCCAUAGCGCAAAACAGUAUGAGCAGGCCCUUCUCGGGGCUCUCGAGCAGGGUAUAAAAGUCAAAGCCAUGUUGUUGUGCAAUCCCCACAACCCCCUUGGUUGGUGCUAUCCCAAAGGUUCAGUCGGAAGGGCGGCUACUGAUCUGCUAGAAGGAGCUUGCGCAUCUCGCCACACUCUCGUAAGCUACAUGAAGCUCUGUCAGAAGUAUAAUCUUCACAUCAUUAGCGACGAGAUAUACGGUCUAUCCUGCUGGGAAAACCCAGAGACGCCCGAGGCCCCCGGCUUCCAUUCUAUGUUAUCCAUCAAUCCACAUGGCAUCAUCAACUCAGCUCUUGAUCUUGGAAUGAACGGCUUUCGGCUGGGCUUCACCAGCCCAAAGAAAUUGCGUUUAGGACACCAAGCUGUCAAGGCUGGAUGA